AUGGCUUCUACUCUCAAGUGCCUGGUUAACGACGACGACAGAUACCAGAAAUCCUUCAAGCUGUUUUUGGAGCGCUCCUCUGAGCAUCUGUGUAUGAGAGACUUUAUCCACAACAAGCUGCCGGACAUACUGGCCAGUGUUGGCAACGGGAGGUCACAGCUAAAUGUCAUUGGAGUUGGGAGUGGAGCAGGUGACAUAGACGUGGAGAUGCUGUCUCAGUUGCGUCUGAAGCACCCUGGGGUGACGGUGGACAACGAGGUGGUAGAGCCCAGCAGCCAACAGCUCCAUAACUACAGAGUGAUGGUCGACCAGAAGCCGGAUUUAGAUUACAUCAAGUUCACCUGGAACAAGAUGACAGCGUCUGAGUUUGAGGAGCAGUGGAGGAAGAGAAAUGUCACCAAGAAAGCAGACUUCAUCCACAUGUUCCAGAUGCUGUAUUAUGUGAAGGAUCCUGGGGCCACCAUCAGCUUCUUCCACAGCCUCCUCGACAAGAACGGAAAGCUUGUAAUAAUCCUGGUGUCAGGUGAGAGUGGCUGGGGGAGGCUGUGGGACACAUUCCGGAGUCAGUUGUGUAACACUGAGAUCAGUCAGUGUGUGACCGCUGCUGACAUACGCCACCUGCUGGACGCCCGCGGAGCCUCAUACCAGAGCUACGAGCUGCAGUCGCACAUGGACAUCACCGAGUGUUUCACUGAGGGAGACGAGGAGGGAGAGCUGCUGCUGGACUUCCUCACUGAGGUGCUGGAUUUCAGUAAAACAGCUCCAUCAGAACUCAGACAGGGCGUCCUGAGGCUGCUACGGGACCCCCAUCCUGGUCCAAAGGGAGGGGCGACGUUUGGCACAGAUCCAGAGCGCACGUCCUGGACCAGCCUCGGUCAUUGGUUCGCACUCAGGCGCAGGACCGCGGAGAGGGAAGAGUUCCGUCAGAAGUCUACGGUCAGAAGUCUACGGUCAGAAGUCUACGGUCAGAAGACAGACAUGGCCGAGAUAGAGACCUGCUACAAGGACUGCUGCGUUUCCAGCUUCCAGUUUUACUUGGAGCACUCCGGGGAGCACCAGGCCAUGCUGCAGUGCGCCCGGAGCCUCCUGCCUGCAGAGUUCCAGAGAAUUGGAGCCGGUAAAAGCAGCCUGGACGUGCUUGGUGUUGGGAGCGGUGGAGGUGAGAUGGAUGUCCAGUUGCUGACAUUGCUCCAGUCCAAAGUCCCCGGUCUUCCAAUAACAGCAGACGUUGUGGAGGGCAGCGUUGCUCUCACAAACAACUUCAAAGCGCUCGUAGCCAAGACCCCCAACCUCAACAAUGUGGACUUCCAGUGGCACAUCAUGCCAAGCGAGGACUACAUAAAGAAAGCUAAAGCCGUGAAGCCAAUGAAGAAGUUUGAUUUCAUCCACAUGAUCCAGAUGAUUUAUUAUGUGGACGACCUACCAGCGACUAUUCAGUUUUACCACGGGCUGCUGAAGGAGAACGGAAGACUCAUGAUUAUUGUAGAAGCAGCCAACGGAGGCUGGGACACUUUGUGGAAGACCCAUAAGAAAGAGCUGUGCACCGACGCCAUCACCGAGUACCGUUCAUCCGCUGAGAUCAAGACCUGCCUCGAAAAACUGGGCCUGAAAUACGCCGAGCACCCCAUCCCCAAUGAGUACGACAUCUCCGAGUGCUUCAACGACAAGAGCAAACUGGGCCACGAUCUGCUCAACUUCAUGACGGCCAAAGACGACUUCCACACCUCUUUCACGCCGGAGAUAAGGGCGGCCAUCUUGGAUCUGCUGAAGAACAAAUGCAGCGCUAUAAAAGACGGGAAAGUCAUGUUCAACAGCACCCUCAGCUGCAUCCUGGUCCACGCAUAA